AUGGUCUCCUCCGCGCAAAUCCUCGAUCGCACCGCGCCGAACCAAAGCACGCAGUCCGUCGUGUCGCGACACUCCCACUCGUCCCGACGACAUCGGUCCGGUCGCUCAAACCAUGGCGGGAGAUCGCUCCAUACCUCAUCGAACGACUUCCCCAUAUUCACUUACACUGGCGAUACCGAGAUCGUGAUCCGUGCCGGGGCGCAAGAGAAGCGGUACCUCCUGCAUCGGUUGAUCCUGGCGCAAUGCUCUGGUUUCUUCGAGGCCAGCACCAACGAGGAUUGGUCGCGCCAGAACAUCACCCCGCCCAAGGCAGAUAGCGCGCUGUCGCGUGUGAGCGAGGAGGAUGAUCUGUCCAAUGGGUCGACAGUAGUCCAGUCGGACACGGGCGGACUGCCGGCGAGGUCGGGAGAGAAGCGUCGAUGGCAGUAUGAACUCGACUGGGAAAAUCGCGCGCAGGACGAAGAGCCGAUUCUGGUACAAAGGGUUAGUCUUGGUCCACCGACCGUGCUUGGUCAACAUCAUGCCAACAGAUCACAGCCUCUCUUUGAGCAGUAUCCGAGCUACUCCCCGAUGAUUAGCGGUAACCAGUCUGCCUUCCCUCCGACGAUGACCAAGCCAUCCAAUGUGCAGGCAGGCUUCUUUCGCUCGAUGGCAAACUUGGCAGGAAUGCAAUCGGUAGUCCAUCUGCCCCAAUCCGGAGAAGAUCAAACUACCCUCCAUCCGUUACUUCGCGACUACGACAACCUGUUCCGGCUGUUCUACAACCACCCGCCCAACAUCAACAGUGUCAAUAUUGCUUCGGCCUAUACAGAGUGCAAGUCGCUUUUGGCCCUGGCAGAUAUGUACGAUGCACUGCCAGUGACUGGUCCCCGCGUCGACCACCAUCUCCUGGGAUUCGGCUCGCGCCUCUUCAAACAGAUCGCCAAGUACCCACCCAGUUAUCUCAAGCUAGGGUAUCUCGCCCGCAGCCGAGUGAUAUUUUCGGAGGCGUUGAUUCACGUCGUGGGCCAGUGGCCCGCCGCCUUGCCGAAUUUGCGCAAUGGCUCAUACGCACCCCUACCGGACGCGGUCCUGGACUUGAUCGAGGACAAAUACGAGGAUCUCGAAGACGUAAAGGCUCGUGUGGAGUCUAAACUCUUCCGCUUGUCACUCACCACCUCUCGCGGCGAGCGCGUGGGACCCUCAAACGCAUAUUUGGACUGGCUGGCGGUCUCACUCUUCCGCCAGUGGCUAAUCGAGAGCACGACUCCUCCCCCUGCACCGAUUCUCAAGAACUCGGCCAGCGCAAAUGCGGCACCCCCACCCGGCCACGGCUCACAAACCGGCUCUUCUCGACCUGCCGCCCCGUCUGACCCUGCUGCCCGCGUUUAUAGAUUGAUUGGAUCGCCCUCCUCCCAGGCGUAUCUGCCUCAUGAUGAAAUUAAACGCUUUCUCAAGCUACACCCGAUCUCAUCUUCCGGCUCUCUAUAUUCUCGAGAAACACUUAAACGCUUCGAACGCAAGAUGGACGAAAUCAAGCGCUUGGCCCGAGAGAUUGUCAAACCACUGAUGCGCAACUUCCUCGAAUUGGAGACCAAAAGUAACAGUGAGCAAAGCAGCAGUGCUGCCGGAGCUCGUGAGAGUACGCCAUCUUCAGGAUUGCCGUACCUCACUUGCACUCGAGUGGAAGAGAUUGAUUUGCCAUGGAAAUGA